AUGCCGCCAUUAGCUCUUCGGGGAGUCGUCACCAAGGUUGGGCUUAUGAACAAGACGGCAACAGUAGUUGUAUCGAGAUGGGCUGUUCAUCCGCUAACGGGGAAGCGUAUGGAGAGAACCAAAAAAUAUCUAACACAUGACCCGCAAAACAAGAUGCGAAAGGAAGACAUUGUUGUCAUCCGUAAUUGUCCGCCAGUCUCAAAGUUGAAGCGGUUCAAGCUGGAGACUAUUCUGCGGAGUCCAGAGGUUGAACGCGAAUUGCAGCGAGCGAAGCAGGCAGAGGGGCAAUAG